CAACAAGCUCAGCGGUGGCUCCGCUGCAGUCCCUCCCUGGCACAGAGGACCACACCGGAGAAAUGAGCUCGUCCUCCGCCGUCUGCACUGCAUUAACGUGAGUGCGUAACGGCUCUUUUUCACGGAAACACACGCGUAUACAGAGGACCUGCACCGGUCUGCUGUUUCCAACCCCCCCAGCUUGGUGUCGGAUAGUCCCACCGGCAGCUUGGACCAUGGCGGAAAGAAGCGGCCGGCUGAGUUUCCCCGGGAGCGGGGCUCUCAACAGACCGGUUCCCAUGAACCUGUUUGCAACGUGGGAGAUAGACGGAUCGUCCCCGAACUGCAUCCCGAGAUUGUGCAGUCUGACCCUGAAGAAGCUGGUCGUCAUGAGGGAACUUGAUAAAGAGCUGAUUUCUGUGGUCAUAGCAGUAAAAAUCCAGGGCUCCAAACGGAUUUUAAGGUCCCAUGAGAUUGUGCUGCCACCCAGUGGGUCUGUGGAGACUGAUCUGGCUCUCACCUUCUCGCUGCAGUACCCACACUUCUUAAAGCGGGAAGGAAACAAGCUGCAGAUCAUGCUCCAGCGGCGGAAAAGAUACAAGAACCGAACCAUUUUAGGCUACAAGACUCUCGCGAUUGGAUCUAUCGAUAUGUCAGAGGUGAUGCAGCACCCGACAGAGGGAGGCCAGGUUCUGCCUCUCUGCAGCAACCAGAAAGACAUGCUUGGAAAAGUGGCAGAGAUCUGGAUCUUUUCCCUGUCCAGUCAGCCAAUAGACCAUGAGGAGGCAGCCCUGCAGGGAGGACAGAAGAUCAAAUGCUCUGAUAACUACUCAGAAGAAGAGUACGAGAGCUUCUCCUCAGAGCAGGAGGCCAGCGAUGACGCCGUGCAGCCACAGGAUCUCGAGGAUGACGAGUAUGACGUGAGAAAACCAAAGAAGCAAAGGAGGUCGAUUGUAAGGACUCCCUCCAUCACCAGACAGCAGAACUUUAAGCAGCGUGUGGUGGCUCUUCUGAAGAGGUUCAGAGUUUCAGAUGAGGUGAGUCUCACUGUCUUGCGUUGGUCUGGUCGUCUGACUGUGGAGCUGCAGAGCCAUCGGAUAUUUUUCUUCUGUUUCAGGCCAUAUUUCGAGGGUCUCUCCCUCUCGAGCUCUCAGACUGAGAUUGGCAGCAUCCACAGCACUCGGAGCCACAGGGAGCCUCCCAGCCCGGUGAGACCCCCGACACACGAGCACAUUGUGAAACACCAAAUGGCCUCGAGUAGUUUCUGCUUCCACAUUAAUGUUGACCCAGAUAAAACCAAGUGCACCGGGGAUGACGGCGUGUCUGAUAACAUCCCUUUUGAACCAAAGUUGGCAGGGAGGCGAGGCAGGAGCACGUCGCUGAAGGAGCGCCAACCCAGCAGGCCCCAGAAUGAGAGGGCCAACAGCCUGGACAAUGAGCGGUCUCUGGAUACCAGAUGCCACCUACAGAUUCCCAGAAAGACAGUGUAUGACCAACUUAACCACAUCCUGGUAUCUGAUAACCACCUCCCUGAUAGUAUCAUCCUCAUCAACACGUCUGACUGGCAGGGCCAGUAUCUUUCAGACAUGCUGCAAAACCACCAUCUGCCAGUGGUCUGCACCUGCACCACGGCCGACAUCCAAGCUGCGUUCAACACCAUCGUCUCCCGCAUACAGAGAUUCUGCAACUGUAACUCCCAGACGCCUGUUCCUAUAAAGAUAGCGGUGGCCGGAGCACAGCACUACCUCAGUGCAGUUCUGAGGCUUUUUGUGGACCACCUGUCCCACAAAACUCCUGACUGGCUCGGCUACAUGAGGUUCCUCAUCAUCCCUCUAGGGGCACAUCCAGUCUCCAAGUAUCUCGGCACUAUUGACUAUCGAUACAACAGUUUGUUCCAAGAUGCUGCCUGGAGGGACCUGUUUCACAAAUCAGAGGCUCCAGUCGUUGUCCAGGAGAACCCAGAUGUAGUUUCCAGGGUAACGCAGUAUAUGGUGGGAGCUAACGGAGCUCAUCAGCUCCCUAUCGCAGAGGCCAUGCUCACCUACAAGCAGAAGAGGAAAAAGAGCUUUCAUUUUGAUUUUGCAGUAAGCCCAGAUGAGGAUUCAUGUCAGAAAUUCAUUCCUUUUAUCGGGAUGGUGAAAGUUGGCAUUGUGGAGCAAACAGCUGCAACAUCAGGAGACUCUGAUGAUGCAGCACCUCUGGGCUCCUCGCUGCUCUCCUCCACCCCUCCACAGGUAUCACCCGCUUUCAAAGAGGCAUCGCCCACGCCGCCCUCGUCUCCCUCUGUCAACACCAGCUUUUGUGCUUACAGCUCUGGUGGUCAGGUGGAGCUCAUGGGGCUUCAGGUGGACUACUGGGUGGCUCCGACAGAAAGGAAGAAAGAUGUGGAGAAGCGAGACUCCUCCUCCAAAAACACUCUCAAGUGCAAUUUCCGCUCGCUGCAGGUCAGCCGGCUGCCACUGGGGGGCGCAGAGCCAAGCUCCCAGCCCACCAUGUCUAUGACUGUGGUGACCAAGGAGAAGAAUAAGAAGGAACCGUUUGUCUCUUCCUCCGCAGUGCUGAUCGACGGCGUCGAGUGGAACGAUGUCAAGUUUUUCCAGCUGGCUGCUCAGUGGUCCUCACACGUCAAACAUUUCCCCAUUGGGAUCUUUGGACACACAAAAGGCCCUUAUUAGCAGCACCUAAGAGACUGAAACAUGGAGGACAGCAAACCCACCCUCCCUGCCUCCCUCCCUCGUGCCAAGAGCUCUUAACCCCCUUCCUCCUACCUUCGCCUGCACACUUCCUCCUAUUCUGCUGUCUUAAUUUAAACUCCUGCUUUCCACACUUGCAUUGUCCCCGUUAUUUAAUCUUUUGCGUGUUUUUUUUGGUUUUGUUUUUUAAUUUUCUAUUUAUGUAAACACAUCUCAAGGCAGAGCUGCUAUGAGAAUAUUUCUUUACUUGGCUUUUUAAAACAAAAAUCCUGCUGACGUUUUAUAGACUUUUGAGGAAAAAACAUUAAUUGAAUAACAACUAGAAAUGACUUCUAACCUUUAACAUAAUGAAUGAGUGCCCUGGUUUCACUUGGCCAUCAGUUUUUUGUUGUGUUUUUUUGUUCCUUUUCAAAUUCGAUGAGGAUGGUUUUAAACACUUGGCCAGCACAAUUAAUCACAGCUAUAUUAUUAAAAAGAGCCAUCUGCCUCAUAAUAAAGGUCAUAUUUUCUAAUUACAGAGAAGAAAUUUUGGAUUUGCAGCCACAGCGACUGUUGGCAGUUCAUUGUCUUAACCCAGAGGGAGAAAGGAUAAACGGCCUCCGUGAAGAAGUGUAAUGUGCAAUAGACGAAAUAUUGUGUGAAUGCGAUUCUGCUAGAAGAUUACACACUGCUCUUAGUGGUGAUUUUCACUCUUUGCAUUCCUUCUCUUCUUUACUUUACCCUCCUGAUCAACUAGUUCAAGGUCUGAAGAGAAGUUUUUUAUAUUAGAAUUACGAGCGCAGUUAACCACAAACUUACAGGAAAAACUCCGGGAAACGCUAUCUUGUUGAGAAUUGAAUGAGAAGAUUAAUACCUCUCUUAUUUUUUUUAUGGUAAAUUUGAAGCUAUAGCUGUUUACAGUAGAGUAAAUAGGUACCGUUGUUCUUUUGAAAGGUAAAAGAAUAACUACUUACCAGCACUUCUGAACCUCACUUAAUUAAAACCUUAUAUCUUGUAUGUUUAACCCCUAUAGAAACUGAGCCAACCUAACCGUUUCUAUGUUUAGUAGAGUAAGAAUGAGGCAUUGUGGUUUUAUGGCUGGCACAUAAUGCCCCCUCCCUCCAACACACACAAAAUAAAUAAAUCAGGUUUUACACUUCAGGUUUUGUACAUUCUAUAUAAAGCUAAUCUAAUGGUUAAUGACUGACCUGGCUCUAAACAAACGGAACAAAAUCUCCAGAUGUCACCGUCUAUCAAACAUGCACAUAGAAAAUGAGACAGAGUAGCUGUUGCUCUGUUUGCAGCGCUGAGCUACGCUAAUUGGCUGCUUACACAUCUGGUACCAACUACAGUACUGUGCAAAGGUUUUGAGCCACCUCUCAUUUCUUUAUACUUUGCAGGAAAAUGAGAAAUAUGUGCAGUGAUUUAUUGAAAACGAAGCACAAAACAGAAUAUGCAUCAUUCUAAUGAGCUUGAAAGUCAAUAUUUGGUCUGACUAUCUUUGUUCUUCAACACAUCCUGAACUCUGUUAGGCAAGAUUUCUUGUCAUUUAUUUAAGUCGUUUUCAGGAAUAGUUCUCCACGACAUUCAUAGCUCUUCUCUAGAUGUAGACAUUGCUUUCCAUUGCUUUAAAAUCUGACUGUACUUUUCUGUGUUCAUAAUUCCAUCCAUUUAUUUUUCCAUCAACAACUGGCUGAAAUGCAGCCCCAAACCAUGACAGAGCCUCCACUAUGUUUUACAGAUGGCUGUAGACACUCACAGUUGUACCUCUUUGCUCUCUCUUCGUACAUAUUUGAGAGCAUUUAUUACUCCAUAUGACCUGUUGCCACAGAUUUUCAGUGCAGUUCUUGUGUAAUUUGACAUACUUCAGCCUUUUCUCCCUGUUUCCCUUCUUUAUAAAUCACUUCGUGACAACCACCAUUCCUACAUUUCUGAUGAUAAGCAAACAGCAGAUGGAUAAACUCACUUUUUAUAGAUUAAGCUAAAGAAAAUUCGAAAAAAUGUGUGGUUAUGACAGGCUGACAGUAACACAGGGCCACAAAUACAUUUUAAAACUUCUUGUUUUUAUGUUCUGACACAACACUUGUUCAUCCCUUAAAUUUUGAUUUUUUUCAUGCUUGAAUGAUUCAUAGUUCAGUUUUUGCUACCACAAAAAAACGUUCCUCUGAAAAUAAUCAAGCACAAGGACUAAACUGAACAGGAGUUACAAACCACCCAAUGUCCAAAGAAAAACUUUGAAAACCCUUCAGAAAUCCUGGAGAACUAUUUCUCAAUACCACUUUAAAAAAAUACAAGAAAAUCCGUCUCCUUGGAAGCAAAAUAUAAAGACACGAGGGGUAGUUCAAGACUGUUGCACAGUACUGUACUUGAGAAAGUUGGAGCCCAAUGUCCACUGUGUUUCCUAAGAGUUAUCUGAAAGAAUCAGACUCUGCACAAGUGUGGCACACAUCAGCUCAGCCAAAAUUAGGAAAUGCACCACUGAUUAUUGGAAAAAAAUUUGACCACUUCCUGUUUUGGUUUAGUUUUUUUUUUUUACUAUAAUAAAAUCAAUAAAUAAUCUAUUGAAGCCAUGGGAGAGGUCAUUAUCAGGACAAAAAUACAUAUAUGCCCUUUACAUUUAUACCCUUCUUCACUCAUUCCAGAGCCAUCCAGUAGCCCGAAUUAGAGCCUUCGCUGGGCUGAUUCUGGCCCCCGGGCCUCAUGUUUGACACCCCUACCCUAAGGGUAGAUUUUGGUUGUGAAUGAACCCUGAGAAAGUGAAUAAACUCUAUAGUAGUCAUUAAGAAAACAGUGUAAAAUGAUUAAAUCCAGUCUUGCAAAAAUGUUUUCACACACGACUCCUCCUUAAUGAAACCGGUAUCACUCUUUUAAAUGUGACUCUUAAUGAAGCCAUGUAAGACACAAGAAUCCUACUUAAAUUAAACAGAAGUCAUCACAGCUCCUUGGUGUGUAUGCAGCAGCCAUAAUCUGCAGGCAGCUCAAAUACAAGUGCACAACGCUCAUGAUUAAUCAUAUUUAGACAUGGUGCAGACUAAUGUCACCUCAUCUCAAAAUGUGUGGUGUAGAGCUGUGGCAGUGGUACUGAUCUUCUCAUUUAACUCAGCAAAGAAAGCAAAACAGCAUAUCUCUCGAAAUGCCAAACUGUCCUUUAAGAUCAGCAUAUAAGGUGAAACAAAAGCGGAGAGUGUAUUACAUUACAUUCAUGAAUUCUUCCUCCUUGAGCCCCACACUCCUCCAUACACUCCAUAUGUUCCACUAAAAGCAAAUGUUACUUUUGCCAAAGGAAACGCUCAAGAACUGCAGCUCACUCAUUACUUGUGUGGUAUUAUAGAUGACUUCAUAAUGUAGAAGUGAAUGUAUUGACGGUACCUUAAUGUAAAGCACUUUUAAAUGUUUGUCCAGUAUAGAUUAGUAUGUUACACCCUGGGAACCUGCAGGUACUAUUGGCUGUCUGCCGUUAUGUCUGAGCAAAGUAAAACAAGCAUCCGUGUCUCCUCAGUGCUGUGAAAGCAAAGUUCAUGCUCGGCUUGAAGCCUCGUCAAACUAUUUUAGAUUUUAGUUACAUGUUCUGUGAGGUUAGCCUAGAAAGUGUAUGUGGAUUACGUCUGUAGAUUUCGCUCCAUCUUUAAUUCACUUUUAAGACUGAGUAGUAUUUUGCUUAAAUUUCUUUCAGUAGCAGUGUCAUCAUAACCUUUACCAGUUUCUUGAUAAGUGCCUAAAUUGCUUAAUUUUGACAAAUCAACUGAAGUAAAUAUCCCUUGCUGAAAUGGUGCUGAUUCGAGCCCGGACAACAACAAAAUAUCUCAGUACAGCACAUUGAUUUCGCAACGCAAACACGUGCGGUGUGCAUCGGUGGGAAGUAAAGUCACGCUUGACCAGCUGAUUAUCAGUAGUUUAAAGAACACUACGGUCCAUUCAUGGUGAGCAUACAUUUGUUGUUUCUCUGUUUAGAGAAUAUUUUAGAUGUUUUUUUUCCAUGUUGUCUCAGAAAAGGCUUGUUGAAAGUUCCCUAAAGACUACCACUGUAAUCCCAACGACUGGGAGUAAUAAAACUACUAUA